AUGCUGGACGCAUCCACCCAAACAACCCCCACCCUCAGCUCAACGCCCACCAGCCCCUCCACCGAAAAACCCACUCCACCCCUCCCCCCACCCCCACCCCCUCGUAUCCCCCCCGCACCCGACGGCGGCCUCCGCCUCUGGCUCCAGGUCCUGGGCGGGUUCGCCCUCUUCCUCAACACAUGGGGCCUCCUGAACACGUUCGGGGUCUUCCAAACGCACUACGCUUCCACUCGGACCGCGAGCGCGAGCGCGAUCUCGUGGAUCGGGUCCACGCAAGCGACGCUCCUCCUAGUGAUCGGGGCGAUCACGGGCCCGAUCUACGACCGCGGGCACCUCGUGGCGCUGUUAGCGUGCGGCACGACCUGCAUAUUCCUAGGCCACGUCUUCCUCAGCCUCAGCACGCAGUACUACCAAAUCCUCCUGUCGCAGGGCCUGCUGAUCGGCCUCGGCGCGGGCUGCCUCGUCGUGCCGUGCGUCUCGGUGCUACCGCACUACUUCAGCCGCCGGCUGGGGCUCGCGACGGGGCUGGCCGUGUCGGGCUCCUCGGUCGGCGGAAUCAUCUACCCUGUGAUGCUGUACCGGCUCCUCCCUCAAGUAGGCUUUGCCUGGGCCGUGCGCAUCAUCGGCUUCGUGGCGCUGGCCACCCUCGCGCUCCCGCUCGCCGUCAUGCGGCAGCGCGCAUCGCCCGCAUCGCCCCCGCGCGUGCGCGCCCUGGUCGACCGCGCCGCCUGCACCGACCUCCACUACUGCCUCUUCGUGGGGGCGUCGCUGCUGGCGUUCAUGGGGCUGUUCGUCCUGCUGUUCUACAUCUCCUACGCCGCGGCGGAGCGGCGCCUCGCCACCGAGCACAUGGCGUUCUACAUCGUGCCUAUCCUCAACGCGGCCUCGUGUCUCGGGCGCACCCUCCCCAACGCCCUGGCUGAUCGGCUGGGGCCGUUCAAUCUGAUCGCCCCUUGCUGUUUGCCAUGGUGGGCGUGAUGACGCUGGGCGGGUUGGUGGGCGUCGCGCUCGUGGCGGGGUUCUUUAGCGGGGCGUUGAUCGGGUUGCCGCCGUUGUGUUUUGUGGGGUUGACGGCGGAUCGAUCUAUGAUUGGGACGCGGA